CGUCACUUACAUACCACACGUACGCGUACUAUUCGACACCCAGCACGAAUAGUAGUGGGUGAGCCUGUUCAUUUUCGCCAAAUAAAAUUGUAUUUAUUGCAGAUUGGCUUCUAGAUCUGACCAGUAAAAAAGGAAUUAUAUUCUUUAUUUCUCUCGACUUUUUUGAAGAGUGCAUUGAAAAGCAAGUCUGGACAAGAGUGAGUCCUCAGUGGUUGGUUCAGAUUCCGUUUUAUUGUCUCAUAACUGUUAGUCAUUGAUCCUGGACUGCUGGGUGUUUUGCCUAGCGUACAAAACGGGAAUUUACGUUGCUUGUCGUGGAAGUUUUGGCUCUGUCAACGUUGGGUUUGUUAUUGCGACGGCUCUGUAAGUGUGGUGUCAGUCGGGGAAAGGGCAGGUGGGACUCCAUGAGACUCCUCUCAACAUCAAGACCUUUUAUCGGUCUGCAAGGUUAUAUAUGAAGUGCUGUAAUCACAUGGAGGCUGAAAUGAGUAGACUGCCUGUUCUGUAAGGCUUAUCUGUUUGUGGAAGGAUGCUGUGUUGAAUUCUAAGCUCAAGCAUUUCAUCAUCAGCAGCAGCAGCAGCAGCACACACCUCUACCAUUUUGUGCAGUUGUACUGGGACUCGGAGAAGAAACCUUACAGGCAAGAAGGAAUGUCAUUCAUGCAUUCCAAAAGCUCCUGAGUGUUCACGAAGGUAGUGAUUUUCCAAGAAGUGGCAUAAGGAUGGCAAGUGUGGUUUGGUACUCUUUUUCAGCCUGUUCCUUUUUCCUCUUGACCAUCAUCUUUUACAUGAAUGCUUCAGUGCAAAGAGCUGAGGAUGAUGUCACACCACGCCUAAGCUUUGUAUAUGAUACAGAAGACAGGCCAGCCAAGAGGUUUUCACCUGCUGGAGCGUUCAACUUUACUUCUCUGCUCUUGAGUCCAGAAGAUAACACACUAUACAUAGGUGGACGAGAAGUUUUGUUUGCACUUAACCUCAGUGAUAUCAGCAGACUGCACCGCAACUUCACAUGGACCACACCUGAAAGAAAACGACAAGAGUGUAGCUUUAAAGGCAAAAAUCUACACACCGACUGUUUCAAUUAUAUUAAGAUUUUACUGCGUGUAAACACCACUCAUCUGUAUGUGUGUGGAACGUAUGCCUUCAGCCCUAUGUGUGCACAUAUUAACACAGUGGAUUUCUCUUUGGUGCGCAGCAGUACAGGGGAGAUUGUGACAGAGGAUGGACGCAGUCACUGCCCUUAUAAUCCUGAAUAUAAAUCCACUGCCAUCAUAGCUGGUGGAGAUUUGUAUGCUGCUACAGUCAGUAAUUUUCAAGGAAAUGAGCCUAUCAUCUAUAAAAGCCUUGGGCAAGGCACUACCUUAAAGACAGAAAACUCAUUGAACUGGCUACAAGACCCAGCUUUUGUAGGCUCUGCCUUCAUCCAGGAGAGCCUCCCAAAAGGCAAUGCAGUGGGUGAUGAUGACAAAAUUUACUUCUUCUUCAGUGAAACAGGAAAAGAGUUUGAUUUCUUUGAAACCACCAUUGUUUCACGUAUCGCUCGUGUGUGUAAGGGGGAUAAAGGAGGAGAGAGGGUCCUGCAAAAGAAAUGGACCACCUUUCUGAAAGCCCAGCUCCUCUGCUCAUUGCCUGAAGAUGGCUUCCCUUUUAACAUCAUUCAAGACAUGUUUGCCUUGACUCCCAGUAAGGAGGACUGGAAGAGCACUGUGUUCUAUGGAGUUUUCACCUCUCAGUGGUACAAAAGGGCAUUGGGCAGCUCAGCUGUGUGCACUUUUACCAUGAGCCAAGUGGAAGAGGUGUUUAAUGGACGUUAUCGGGAGGUUAACAGGGAAACGCAGCAAUGGUACACCUAUAAUCACCCAAUCCCAGAACCCAGGCCUGGAGCGUGCAUUACUAAUACAGCUCGGGCUCAAGGCAUCUACUCCUCACUGCACAUGCCGGAUAAGGUGCUGAACUUUGUAAAGGAUCACUUCUUGAUGGAUAGUGUGAUUCGCAGCGAGCCAUUGCUGGUUAAACGCAAUGUGCAUUAUAUGCAAAUCAUUGUGCAUCAUGUCCAGGCUGUACAUAGUGCCUACAAUGUGCUUUUUUUGGGUACAGAUGAUGGCAGACUUCACAAAGCCAUUAACUCCAAGGGCAAGAUGCACAUCAUUGAGGAGCUGACACUUUUCCUCGAACCACAGCCCGUGCAGCACAUCAAGCUGGAUGCUGAUAAGGGUGUGUUGUUUGUGUCCUCUUACUCUGAGCUGGUGGAGAUUCCUGUUGCUAAUUGCUCCAACCACCAGAGCUGUGGGGAGUGUAUUCUCACCAGAGAUCCUUACUGUGGGUGGACAGGGGGGCAGUGUGUGGAUAUCAGGCAGGCAUCAUCUAAAAGAAAAAUUCUGCAAGAUAUAGAAAAUGCCAACACAGCCACAUGCAGUGAGGUCCUUUCCAGCUCCCAUUCGACACAACUCUCAUCCAUAUGUAUCCUUCCAUGUCAAGUGAUCAGAAUUCCAGUGAACACAUUUCGAGUACUGCCAUGUAAGUUGCGCUCGAACCUAGCUGAAAGACGAUGGGAGUAUAGCAAGGGUGCUGGGCGCUUUCUCUAUCCAAGCUCUGAUGGGGGGCUCGUAGUAGUUGCUCAAACAGACAGGGAGGAAUCCUAUCAAUGUUGGUCAGUAGAAAAGGGCUUUUGGCAGCUCCAGGCCAAUUACUGUGUGAAGGCAGAGCCACAACAUGAGAGCACCAGGUUGAUUGGUAGCUCUCACACCCUCCUGGUGCCAGAGGAGAAGCCAGUGAUCCUUCCAGGUGAAGCUUGCUCAUCAGUAAUGAAGACCCAAACCUACUGGAAUGAGCUAAUUGUGGUAUGCACACUGCUGUGCUUCUCCAUCCUUGUCUUUUCUUUGUUUGUGAUCUACCGAAACAGGGACCACAUGAAAUCUAUAUUUAAGCAGAGCGAGUGUCCCGACAUGCAGCAGAAAAAGGCACAACUGGCAGAAAAGCCCACUGAAAGUCUACCACUGAAUGGCAACAAUGUCUUGUCCUCAGUGUCAGACCACAAAGGCUACCAGUCACUGUAUGACAACUACUUCUGCAGUACACCAACACAAGAGUGUUCCUCACCUGAUAACAGCAAAAGUUUCUCAGAAUCAGAACAGCACCCAUUGCAGCUGAAGGACACCCAUGUAGAGAUAUCACCCACCUCCCCAAGUCCUCGAGUACGGCUCAGCUCAGAGAUCAAAGAUUCUAUGAUUUGAGACUCUAGUUGCAACUGACAACUUCACUGAGAAGGCAGUGACAUGACGAGAAUUGACAGCGCCACAGGACAGACUAAAAAGACUUGAACCCAUUUCUUUUGAAUGUUCCAUCAAAUAGUUGUAUUAUUUUCUUUGUACCCUACUUAUGUCUUGGUGAUAUCCACAUUCUCUCAGUCACUGGUAGUAUGCAUUUGGUGGGGCAAAAAUCAGAGAGGAGUUAACAUAUAACACUUAGAGCAGCAUUUAAAGCUAGAUGAUCCAAGGAAUAAAGUGAGGUGAUGUAAUGCAAUGUUACAUUUAUCAUCUAUUCCGUCCAAAUCAUCUGUUGGCAUCUGUGUUAGUUAUGGGUUUCCCUCAGGGAUUACCAUACUGACACCCUCAGUUCAACCUUGCUUAUGCCAUUUGAGGAUUAAUUUCACCACUGGAGGGUGCCAGAAGGCUACAUGUAGUAGUCUUGUAAACCAGCAUGAAUGGUAUAAUUGGUACAGUGUCAACAAGCUAUAUAGACACAAGUGUUUUACUGGGAAAUACACCACUUUUAUUUUACAUUUCAUAUGAGCUACAUCCAGGACAUGGAAAACCAAAACUGUGACAUAGAUCUCUAUAUGUCACUCAUGAUGCUUGAUGAUUUUUUUUUUUUUGACAAAUUUGGGUACUUUUUGUUUGUGAAAUGUGUCUACAUAAAAAAGAAAAUCACGCGUUGGCCUGAAGAUAUGAAAUUUAUCUUUUUGUAUUGAAAAGCUCACACACUUCCUACAAAAUACAUCUCUGUGAAGAUUCUCAGUCAUCCAGGUCAUAGUAAACUGUGGGUGGUAAAAGAGAGCAA